GCUUGAUUCCACGCCGCACCCCACUGGGGGCGCUACAAAGACGCCCAUUGGACAUUCGCGCGAUAGUACAAAACUACGCGAGACUUCACCUCUUGUUUAGAAUUCCCAAAAGAUGGCAGCGGCACCGCCAGAAGAGGAGAGCCUGCAGUCGCGUAUCAACAAGGCCACCAACCCUCUGAAUAAGGACACCGAUUGGCACAAUAUCAAGGGGUUUUGUGACCUACUCGACAACGAACCUGAAGGCCCCCAGCUUGCAACCAGACUCCUGGCCCACAAAAUCCAGUCUCCUCAGGAGUGGGAGGCCAUGCAAGCACUUCUGGUUCUGGAAUCCUGCAUGAAGAAUUGUGGGAAGCGGUUUCACAGUGAAGUUGGAAAGUUCCGCUUUCUCAAUGAGCUCAUAAAGGUGGUCUCACCCAAGUACUUAGGUAUUCGUGCUCCAGAGCCAGUGAAGAUGAAGGUUCAAGAAAUGAUGUUCAGCUGGACAGUAACACUCCCAGAUGAGACCAAGAUAGCUGAUGCCUAUCAGAUUUUGAAGAAACAAAGUAUUGUCAAUCAGGAUACUGUACUUGGCGAUAACAAGCCCUUCCCAUCCGCUCCAACUAAAACCAAAAGCACCAUCUUUGAGGAUGAAGAGAAGUCUAAGACAUUGUCUCGCUUAUUGAACAGCACUCAGCCUGAAGAUCUAAGCGCUGCAAACAAGCUCAUUAAGGAGAUGUUUCAGGAGGACCAGAAGCGCAAUGAGAAGGUUUCAAAGCGGAUAAACACCAUUCAGGAGGUAAAGGAGGGGGUGAGUCUGCUGAGUGAGCUGCUGGAGGGCCACAGCAAGGAGGGAAGCUCACAGAGCAAUCAGGAGCUCAUUAAGGAUAUUUACCAGCGCUGUGAAAAAAUGAGACCUACACUAUUCACAUUAGCCAGUGAUACAGAGGACAGUGAUGAAGCCUUGGGUAAGGGAAAUAAAAUGCGGAUAUCUUGCAGGCCAAUGACAAUUUGACAGCGGUGAUUAACCUCUACAAGCAGCAGGUGAAGAGUGAGAAGGUGACAAAUGACUGUGAAAACACACCUUCUCACCCAAGUAGGUGCAAAUGCAACAGUAGCUCCGCCCUAUUGGACUUGACAGGACUGAGUGCACCAACCAGAAUGGCGCCAUUCAACCCACAACCCUCCAACCUAGAGACCCUGACUCAGAAUAUUGGCAGCAGCCUGCUGGAUGAUGAGCUCAUGUCGC